AUGUCACUUAAGGAUCUUGAGGGGCUAGUUCAAGUUGGGCGGCGCGACCUAAAUGUCGGCGUUGCGAUCAACCGUCUUCCUGCCGAAGUGCUCCGGGAGAUAUUCGUGACAACCUGCACCGUCAAGCUAGCUCGAUACAGACAUCACAUCAUGACCGUCUGGAGCCCAACUUGGAUUGACAAGGGCAGAGCAACCAGUCUCAUGCUUGUCUGCUGUCGUUGGAAAGAGAUCGCCUUGGGGAUCCGGGAGCUCUGGAAUGGCAUUGAGACAUAUCGGAAACAUGAAGAUCAUACCUUGCUGGAGAGGUCUGGCCGAGGCCCGCUCAAAGUGUUGGCUUGCGGCAAAUUGGAACCCUCUUGUGCUGUUGCGCAUGCUCUCCAAAAUGUGGAGCAUUCAUCCCGAAUCCAAGAGUUGUACUGGGAACGGCCCUUAUCAUGUGAGGACCUUCGAAUGCCAGCACCCUCGCUGAAGUCUCUUGCACUGCAAGAUGACCGCAGUGACAGUGUGCCAGACGGAUCCCUCAAACUCUUCGACAACCACACCCCAUGUCUGGAGCGCCUGUCACUGUCAUAUGUGCAAUGGCUGCCCAGCAAUGCGUUCGCCAAACUGACGUUCUUGGCUCUCGACCAUUGCAAUAUACCGAAAGCUCCCAUCAAGCUACGCAACUUGCUUGUUGGAACACCAAACCUAGUCGAUCUCAUCCUGCGAAGUGUACCCGACUCCAGCUACCCGCACGUUCAAGUGGAUUUUGAGGCUGCAGGCAUGAAGCCUGUGAUGCUCACACGGUUGCGCCGUUUACUGAUCGGGGAUAUGUGGGCCGAUGACAUCGAUUAUGUCUUCCGGGACGCUCGCCUAAACGAAACCUUGGUAUCCAGUUGGUCGUUGAAUGCCUUGAAGCAACCCAAACAACUGCAUUUCCAGCCGCAGGUCGCCAUCGUCACUGGAGCCUCUUCUGGUCUCCGUUAUGAGGUCAGGAGAAACAUGACCCUCGAGGAUUGGACCACAUUCAACUGGCCACAGAUUCUUCCCCUUUCCAGCGUCUCGCACUUGUGCACGUUCGCGUGCAAGGGGCCCGGUCUUGAACGUGUCCGCAGCCUUCUUAGGCAGAUGACCACUCUUCAGACACUGUCCGUCGACAUUGAUGGCCUGACGAAGAUCAUCAACACAUUAACACUCUUCCGAGACCCGAUCGACCCGCCUCUGUGUCCCACACUGAUGACGCUACGUAUCGUCAUCCCGAAAUAUAGUGAUAGUGAUUAUGACAUCAUCCUGGACUCGAUCCUCCCGCAGCUUGGCAUCAAACACCUUUAUCUCGGGCUGAUCGAUCCUUCGGAUGGACGCUGGAGAGGCUGGAGAGCUGUGAAAGAUCAGCUGCAUGGCAACUUCGAGUCGGUGAAAUUUGAGACACUGUGUUGCAAUAAGGCAUACGACACUAAUUUGCCGCUGAUUUGUGUUGAGAUGGCACAUGCUUUGUGGUCGCCCUGGUACUUGCAUUGGCACUAUUGACAUAACUCACACAGAAAGAUUACUCUCAUGAUCGUCCCUUUGCUCUGUGUUUCAAUUGUUCUGACGAAUGAUGUUAUGCAGACAAUGCUCGUCGUGUUGCGCACCGUAGCAAUAUUAUCUCACCGGCUAUUCUCAGAUAUAAUGAGCGUACGAGGAGAAAGUUUAAUGACGACAUGGAUUGCGAUGCUAAUGCUAUACUAGUAGAGUGACUGAUCCCGAACCAGUCAGGUGUCUCAGACAUAACAUCAUCUCUUAUGCACGCGCAUGCGCUGUUGUAGGUUGUCCUGUCUGUUGAAGGUCUUCUCACAGUCCGAAUACGGACUUUGAUAUGCUACAUAGAAGUGAUGGCCUGCGAUGUGUACGAUGGGACAGACGUACGAUUCUCGAGGGUGUGAAUACUUCUGAUGUGACUCUUGAGAAGUUGAGGUCCUCGCCUCUUUUGG